AUGAGGGUUCAAAAAUGGAUUUCCCCUCUUCGGGGGCUUGAGAGUCUUAGUCAGGUAACGGGCCCACUGCCCACUCCAGGCCGAGGAGAGGUGUUCGUCAAGAUCAAUGCGGUGGCCCUGAAUUAUCGGGAUGUUGAAGUGGUCAAGGGUGAAUAUAAACACCACAAAACCGCCGAACAGAAUGCUACGAUUGUACCAUGUUCGGAUAUGUGCGGUACGAUCUUGAGCGUUGGACCAGAAGUCUCUCAAUGGACUGAAGGAGACCGAGUUUUGUCCACUUUUGUGCCCGAACACUACACUGGACAGGUAACAGAAAAAGCACUUGCUGGUAGUCUUGGGUUGCCAGUGGAUGGUGUCCUUGCCACUCACCGCAUUUUUCCAGCACACGCCUUGGUCGCUGCUCCAGCAUACAUGUCGGAUGAGGAAGCAUGCACGUUACCUAUUGCAGCGCUCACGGCCUGGAUGUCUAUAAAUGGGGCGCGGCCUAUGGGACAAGCUGGAGGGAAGCAUGAGUACAUCUUGGUCCAAGGUACUGGGGGUGUGGCAAUUGCGGGGUUGCAGAUCGCAAAGGCUGCGGGGGCUAAAGUAAUCAUCACCUCCUCGUCUGAUGCCAAGCUGAUACAGGCUAAGCAACUUGGCGCCGAUUGUACAAUCAAUUAUCGAACAACGCCGAACUGGGAAGACGAAGUGAUGCAAUUUACACAGGGUAAUGGGGCCGAUAUUAUCCUCGAAACUGGCGGGGCGCAGACACUGAGAAAGAGUUUUGACUGCAUUGCAUGGGGUGGAUUAAUCAAUUGUAUUGGUUAUGUGUCUGGUAAAGUAGAUGCGACCGAGGAUCGAUUAAACGUGAACCUCCUGGCUUUACGACGCACGGUGACUUUAAAGGGUAUUUUGAAUGGCCCAAAGGAUCGAUUCAAAGAGAUGCUUCAGUUUUAUGGAGCACAUCAAAUCCACCCAGUGGUGAAUCAGGUCUUUUCCUUUGCAGAGGCCAAGAAAGCAUUCGAGUUUUUAGAGAGCGGUAGUCACUUUGGGAAAGUGAUAAUUCAAAUUCAUUCUCAAUAA